AUGUUAGAGAUCUUCGAGGCCGUAAAGGAGCUCCUGAGGCUCGGCAGGACGAACACAGACUCUGCCGUGUUCCGUCUCCACUACCGAGUGACCGCCUCCCUGCUGGUGGUGUGCUGCCUGGUCCUGGCCGCCCGUCAGUUCGUUGGGAGCCCUAUAGAGUGCGUGCACGCCCGCGAACUCCCGGAGGAGGUGCUGAAUACUUGGUGUUGGAUACACUCCACGUACACUGUACCCGCCAGCUUCACCAAGAAAGUGGGGGUCGAGGUUCCCUAUCCCGGAGUCGACAACACCAAGGGCGCACGUGAGAAGAAAGUGCACAAGUUCUACCAGUGGGUGGCGUUCUGCCUGUUCUUCCAGGUAAACUUACAAUUGAAAUAA